UUCCAUCCACAUCGUGAUGCAGAUCAUUAUCAAUAUGAUGGCCGUGUUGCGCAAUGGACCCGCCUAUUUAAUAAUGAUGGGCUUGUUGUUUAUGAUAAUCUAUAUCUACAUGUGGUUGGUAAUUUUCUCGUAUCUUGUGGAACUGUUCGACUACUGAUUAUAAAGGAGCGUACUUAUUCCGAAUGCUUAAUAAUUGUUGACAGAAAAUUUCAAGAUUGUCUCUCAAGUGUCAAAAUUCUGAACAAAUAUAUUUUUUAUUUAGUGUAAGUCGGGCGAAAUCGUAAUUUGUACAAAAAAUAUGUUUUUCGAACAUUGUUGCUUUUGCUUUUCCUUGCGAUCGGGCUGCCUAACGAUUGCCGCAACAAUCAUAGCGUUCUACUUUGUCGAGAUUACCGUUCAUGGCGAGCACAGCAUUUUUAUAUAUUCCAAGAAAGCACGUUGGGUUAAGAUUAUGCAGGGGCUGAUAAACGCCAAUGGUAUACUUUCGUCCUUGCUCAUGAUGUAUGGGGCCUACAGAUACAAAAAGUGUCCAGUACUUACAUGGCUAGUCGUAUUUCUGCUUAUAUUUAUCCUGUAUGUCAUAUUUUGUGUCCUUGACAUAUUCAGCGCACAUGCACGAACGGGUAUACUGGGCGCCCAGUUUGGAAUCAUAUUAAUUCUCCUAUACUGUUUAUUAAUAGUGCACUCCUUCUACACGCAAAUGAGAGAAUGAUAAACCCUGAUAAUCCCAAUAAAAUGUACUGGAGAAAAAGUUUUGUGUUUUUAACUGA